GCUGCGCUCAUUCGUUGCACCUGAGCGGCGAGACCGGUACCAUCAAUUGCAGAUUGGUUAGUUUCUGCGUGAGCCUCGUUGAGUUUUCGACGAGAGGUGUUUGUGGUCGGGGGAGGCAUGACCCUUUGCUGAAAUUUUUACAACCAGAAAGAAAAUAAUUGCUUACCCAGUAACUGUCAACUGCAAACAUAAAUUUCUGGAAAAUGUAAGUACACAAUGUUGAUAUCGGAAGUAAAAUACUUGAAAGUAGCGUAUUAACGCGAAUUGACAAUUGGCGCACUAAUAUUUAUUAUGUAGCACGUGUUAGCACAAGUACUUACUAGUCUUAUGGUUAGGUUAGUACUGUGAUAUAUUAUACUACUGUAAACUGUGUGUAUCACAUGCGCUUUAAUCCGCGGUGUUUUGUUCCAGAUUUGGGAAAAAUAUGCGCGUACAGUCAGUGCAGUACGAGUACUAAACAUGGGUUGUUUAAUUAAGUAACUCAUUACAGAAAAACGGGACAUUUUCCCUUCGGACGAAUUUUGAGACGUGUUUUUUUUGAUGAAUUUUUCUCGCUGAUUAUUAAUGCCUUGUUCGAAGGACAAUGAAUGCAGCUACAAGUGAUAAGUACGUCCAACCACUUCAGGAUUAUGAGCUAAAAAAACUGCAACGAGAAUCAGCUGUUCGCAAAUCGCAGGAUGAAAAGAUAAAGCGGUCGCUGGACAAAACCGAAGACGUUUUCAAAAAGGAGCAGGAUGCUCUGUUUGCUUCUCAGGAAAAACGCCGUCAGGCACAACUUUCUCGUCAAGAGAAGUUAUUAAAGUCCCGUCGAAAAUCGGAUGCAAAACAACAGAAGGAAGAAUCCGCGCCCGAGAAGCAAAAGAAAAAGUCAAGCGAAGUAAAGGGGAAAAGACGGGACAGUAAGCAAAACGAAAAGGGAGAAUCAAGCAAGAGCAAGGAACAGGUAAAACUCAGGAAAAAAAGAGGAAAAAAUCGUAAAGAUCCAUUAGCUUUUGCUGAUGUAGAGCCACGAAAAUCAACAUUACUGCCACCUCGACAAAGCGAGGCAUCUCAAACUGACGGCGAUCCAAGCGAUCGCCAAGAAGAUGACCGGAAGCGUCGCAAAGGCCGUUUAAUUGCCGAAGUAAAAGAUCUAACGCUCGUCAUCUCGGGUUUGUUAGACCAAGUGCAAGCCAAGCGAGAAAAUGUUAUGUACUUGGAACUCUCCAACGCUAACUUGUGCAAGCAGAUUGAUUUCCAUCGCGAUGUCGUGGAGAAGCUGGAGAAUGACCUGGCAGCAGUUGAAAAGGAUUACACAAAGGCUGAUAAACAGUUUCAGAAAGGUCAACGCAAGUCCGUUGUGGACAAGUACUACUUGAAGAAAAACCAAGAACUGCAAGAGCAUAUUAUUGAAAGCAACAUCGAUUUGUUUGUGGAUUUAACGGUGAACGACGAAGUCCUUCCGAAUGUAUAUCGGAAGCUGCGAGCAGAACGGAUGCAAGAGCAGUUGCAUUGCAUUGAACACCUUCGCGAACGCAUUUUACGCAAGCGGUGCGAAUUAAUGAGAGUACAAGAUUCAGUAGCGGAGGAGGAAGGACGCUCCGACAAUAUUUGCAAAAAAUCGGAAGAUGUGCAGCGGAAGAUCGAAGACAUGGGAUAUUCAGAUCACGAAGCGGAGACAAUCUCCAAGCUGCGAUCGGUGGCGUAUUGCCUGGGUUAUGUGCAGUACCAAAUGGAUAUCUUGACAAAAGAAGCCGCCUACACGAAGGAACUCAUCACCAGCAAACGCAAUGAAUUCGCUAAUCAGCUGCGCUUCCGCGCCAUGGUGCUUGGUGAUAAAGUUCAGGCUCUGCAGGAUGCAGUGGCCACUGCGCUGCAUUCUGUGUUUCCGAGAGGUGCAGAAAAGGCCGCGAAAGUCUCCAAGUGUGUGAGACCACGGGCUUUACCGGAUGAGCGUAAAGACUGGAUUCUGAACCAAGUAGCGUUAUGUCAGACACAAAAACAAAUUACUAAAGUCGAGUACGAAAAUGUAUCCUUGGAUGCUAAAUUGCUUAAUGCUAGAAUGCAUGGGAAAUUGUCAAGACUUAAGACGCGUUUACUGUUCACUUUGGAAAAACAAAGACAAGUGCUUAGCGCCACACGGUGUGAUGCUGCUAAGCAGACCGAAGAUGUCUUAUUUGCUCCAACCUGUGCUAUACGAAUCGACGAUUGA